AUGGAACUCGACAAGGAAGACGCUGAAGCAGGAUCAAUAUUAAUUGCUCUCGCCAACCAUCAACCACAGCAAAGACCAUCACAGUUGUCGCAAUCAUUGCACAACCAAGGAUCGAUGUCUAUUCGGAAUUUGCUUGGUGAUGAUGAUCCUUCGGAUGAGACAACUACUACGACUAUCUCACGACCCCGACCUUAUGCAACUGUAUCCGAUCACGGGCCACGUUCCUUGUAUUAUCCUCCACCAUCAUCAUCAUCAUCAUCAUUGCUUCGCUAUCAACACCACCAUCAUCAUCAAGUUCGGCCUGCUCCACCACCAUCAAUGCGAUCGGCUCCUUCGGUGGCGGUGGCAGUAGCCCAUACUGAAACAACGAAGGAAAUAGCGCCAACCAGUACAGCCAGCGAUCCAAAGAUUAGACGCAAUGCACUCCACGCUUACAUCAGCUAUAUGAUUUAUACCGAUUUGAUCAGCCAUCAUAAACGAGGAGGCAUUGCAUUGACCAAGAACGAACGAUCAUCCCCAACCGCCUUUGACAAGGUACCUCCUACUACUUCUACUAAAGCAUCGUUUAGCUUUGAGAGACCCAUGGCUACACCAAAUCAUGAUCACCGUCAUUCCAACCCGGACAAUAUCAUCCAUCGCCCUCUUACAGCUUUCUUGCGAGACCCUGAUCCUCGUAAUGGUAACAGACCACGAGCAUAUACAUCCAUUCCCUUGUUACCUGGUUAUACCAGCACCUCCAGAAAUCAACAUCACUAA